AAGUUCCCCUAAGUGAGGCCGGCCUCCGGCUCGUGGCCUCCGGGGCGGGGUGGGGUGUGUGUGUGUGUGGGGAAACCCUUAAGGUCAGUGUUUCCUUGAAACUAGAUAAACUGACCCCGCGGCGGCCCGCGCGGCCCCGCGUGACGGCGCCCCGGCUCGCCGGAGCGACUGGGGACGCGCGGGGCGGCGCGGUUGCCCUUUUGAAUGCCUCCUGCGGCUCGGAGCGCUGGCGGGCGCUGGAGCGCGAGUGAAUGUAGCCCCGCGGAGCCAAUGAGCUGGGACCGGAUGCGAUAUAUCCUCUGGGACAACAACUGCUCUGUUCCGCCUCGGAUCCACAUGACGCCAUUUACUGCUGCCGCCGCCGCGGCCGCCGCACCGCUCCCUGCCUCCUCCGGAAAGGCGAGGGCGCAGGCCAGCAGCGGCUCCCACCCCCCCGCCCGCCCCCCAGCCCCGGCCGGGCCCCAGACCCUCCUCCUCCGCCGCCUCCUCCCCCUCCCCCGCCCCCGCCGCGCCCCCACCCCCGCCUGGGCUUCGCCGCCGCGCCUCCGCAACGCCCAGUCUGCACGAGCGAGAGCUGCGCGCCGCUGCGCAGCGCCCGCGGAGGACAGGGGCCGCCGGCGGAGCGCGCAGCCGCCCCGGCCCGGCCCGCGGCCCCGCGCCUGCCUCCGCUCGUAAGCAGCCCCGGGCCCCCAGGACUUGGCGAGCCGGCCUUAGGUUCUUUGUAAGGCCGUGCUCUCCUCGCUUCCUCUUCAUCGACCAGGAGAAAAAAAAAAGAGACUUGCUAACGUUGGGGGUUCGGCCUCUUGUUCAUUGAGAAAAAAAAAAAGGAGGGGGGAGGAAUAAAAAAAAAAAGAGGAAAUACUCCGCGUGCGCUUCUGGAAGGGAGGUCAUCUCUCCAGCCCGGAAUCCGGGAGGGUUCCAACGGUGGAGGAUCGGGUUCCAAAUUUCUCCCGUGGUUUUAGUCCUCCCACCGAUUGCUUGGAAGUUGGACUGAAGCAGAGUUUGGAAAAGAAGGAAAAAGUUUGCAUCGGGACUGGAUUUAUUUGCACAUCGCUGGAAGAAGAGAAACCAAGGGAGAGAGGGGUUGGUGCAAAGCCGCGAUCACGGUGAGGAGCGUUUGGCUUUUUCCCCUUGUGGAACCAUAGCCGGCGGGGAGUGGGGUCCGGGUUCCUCUCCCCUAAACCAGCAUGCUUCCCGGGAGGAUCAGGGAGCUACGCCGCCGAUCUGCUUCGCCUAGAACAGGGCUUCGGCCACGGCCGGGCUAUAGGGUGCGCCGGUGCAGUGUCCCCCACCCCACCCCCAGUCCUGCGACAGCUCCCUCUCUAAAGGGUGUGGGGCGGAGGACCGGGUCCCUGCGUUCUACCCCUACCCCUGCACUGGCGACGGUUCAGUCGCCGAGAGCCUUAGAGGGAGGGAAAACACAAAGUGUUUGCCAGGUCGCUGUUGCAGGCUCUGGCAUUGCUAACCUGUUCCUCCAUUCGGGGUAGGCUAAGUUAUAGGAGAGUUCUCUUGCGGCGGGGGCGCCUGUGGGGCUGGGGUACUGGGCUUCUCACCUCUCCACCUCAACCGGGGCAGCAGACCCGGCGGGCGAGCCGAGGCUAGAGUGCCAGGCGGAGGGAGUCCCCGCCUCUGCCCGGUGUGGACAGUCUAGCCCGGUGCGGGUGGGAGCGUCGCCCAGCCUGGCGCCGCGUCUCUGCGGUUCGGAAGUGCAGCUUUCUCUUUUUUUCCGUUCUUCGUGGUCGGCCUAGGUCACGCUUUUUUUUUUUUUUUUAAAGUAUAUUUGGACACUGAGGCUGACCUAGCACAGGAAGAGAGUUAUCAAGUGGUCGAGAUCGUUUUCCAUUACCUGAAAGUAGGUGACAAAAUAAAAAGGCUAGCUUUCCCCCCCUCCCUCUUUUGUGUUACUGUUUUUAAGAUUUGGAGUCUUAACGCCUUUUUUACAAAGGGGUUUCUGUGUCGUUUUGCCUCACCCUAGUGCUGAAGUCCUUUUCCCCCUAAUCCUUAGUCUGAUCACACACUCUUCUUAAUGGGGGUUUCAAAGCGCUCUCAAAGGGGGAGGGAGAGGAACUGGGAGAGCGCCGAAGGGUGGGGGGGGGGGCUGCGAUGGAGGCGGCCAGGGAUCGGUAGAAAUCACUUUUUCUCCCGAAAGAUGCCACUCUCCAGCAAGGAGGUCCUCACGGAAAGUUUCCAAAUCCCGAGGCUCAGAGUUGGGCAUGCCUGGCGUGUGCAGUGGGGCUCUGGAUAAAGCUAUUUUUCUUUCGUUUUAAGGAACAUGUUUUAUUCUUCCUGAUCUAAAAGGAGGUAGGCGUGUGCAGAUUACAGGCAGUGCCUGCUUCGGUCAUUGCACCGUGGAGUCGCCCUGAGAGUGUGGGUACUUAAGACCUCCGCGCGAGCUGUGCGUCCUGAGCCCGGCUCUCUUCCUCCGGGCGUCGGAUUUGGAAACUCGUGAGGACAGGCGUUUCGAGGGCCUUUGCAGAAACACCUUGUGGUGACCUUGCGGCGGGGGGUGGGCGUGUUAGAGUGGCUCCCCCUCUUGGGGCAGGAUGGCAGUUCCUCUAGGGCUGGGGGAAAUUUUAGCCGCGGGGGUGGAGGAGGGGGAAGUGUGCUCGUGCCUUUCAUGACACGUCCCCUUCGGAGGCGCCCGCGCCCCCUGCCUGCCUGAGCUCCCGCGGAUUGUGCACGGGAGGGGCCGGGCUGGCCCCUGGACAGCGUCAGUCGGCCGGGAGAAAAGUCCCCCGGGGUUCUGGCUGAGUCCCACCUGCCGGGGACUGUGUGGGGGCGCAGAUAGAGCCGAUAAACGGCUUGAAAGCGAAGAACAACCUUGUGUACCUUGCUGUUGGAGGUGAGCAGAUCCGGUUUCCAGCUCUGCCUGGUUUGUCACCUGCCUUGUUCGCUGUCCUUUUUCCAAAAAGCAGAGGUUGGAUUAA